AUGGCGCUCGGGCACGAUAAGCAGGGCCGGCCCAUACACUUGCAGCGAGCGGGAGUCGCCAGUGGCAAGCGAAUGGCGGAGGCGUGCGCGUAUUUCGGGCGUGAGUGGCAGCAAGCCUUCAUGUCGCGCAACAUCUUCUUCCAGGAGUUGCAGGCGGCCCGCAUGGAGGAUGCGACACAGCGCUUUGGCCACCUGGUGACACAGCAGGUUGUCAUCAUGGACAUGGCAGGCAUGAGCUUCCGACCGGACCAGCGCGCGCUCACCAUUUUCCGUGAUUUUGCGGGCAUGAUGUCGCGAAACUACCCCGAGACCCUCUACAAGCAAUUCAUCAUUAACGCGCCAAGAGUGUUCAGCGCGAUCUGGCGCAUUGUGCGCGUUUGGCUGGACCCAAACACGCGAGAGAAGGUGCACGUACUGGGCUCCACCUUUGCACCAACGCUGCUGCAGCACAUUGACGCGCACCAGCUGCCUGUCGAGUACGGGGGCACCAGCCCGUACAAGUUCCCCGUGGUCAAAAGCAUAGGGGAGGGCGAGGCUCUCUGGAAAGCUGUUGUCCAAGAGUUCAACGCGCCAGAGCUCUUGUCGGAGACGGGGUGGAUGGCUGCGCCUACCCCUCUUGGUUAG